AUGAAAAUCCUGCUGCAUUUAAUUAUAACUUGUAAAACUCAUGCAUCUGCUUUGUUUUGGCGAGACAAGAGUGCCGUGACAAAAUCAUCCAAUGCCUUAACCGACGACCCACUCUCCUCCUCCUCAUCGUCCACGGCAAGAGCCCUCCUCUCCUCCUCAAACCCUCCCCUUCCCCCAUCACCCUCUCUAUCACACUCCUCACCUCCUCCCUCUCCACCCUACUCCCCACCCCCCUCGCCAUCUCCACGCAAACCCCCAUCUCCUCCACCAGCAUCUUCGCGUUGUAACCCUGCUCCGCCGCCAGCGGCCACCCGAUCAGCGGCACCCCCUGGCUCAGGCUCUCCAUCACCGAGUUCCACCCGCAGUGGCUCACGAACGCCCCCGUCGACACGUGGCACAGUAUCUCCGGCUGCGGGGCCCACCCCCUCACCACCAGCCCCUGCCUCUUCCCCUCGAACCCCUCAGGAAGCCACUCCGGUAGAAAUUCUCCUCGCACAUCGAACUCCACCGGAGGCCUCACCACCCACACGAACGGCCGCCCGCUGUCCUCCAGCCCCUCCGCCAGCGCCAUCAUCUGCUGCCGCCCGAUGCUGUUCUGCGAGCCGAAGGACACGUAGAGGACGGAUCUCGGCUGGUGGGAGUCGAGCCACCGGAGGCAGAUCUCCGUCGAAACUCCGGGCUCACGACCCGUGUGCCGCACGCUGCCGGAUGACGUCAUUACUCGGGGAAUGA